GAGGGAGAGGACGGUUCGGCGAAUGAACAUCCACAUGCUUUUAGGCAUCGCCUGACUUACCUUCGAUCUUGCGCAAACGGAGGUGACCCGGAUGACAUCGCCCUCUCCAUCGAGGAUGCGGUAGCAGCCAUCGAAAACUCUGCUGACGCGAUGCCUUCUUCGCCGCAUGAGACGCAGAAGAAGCGAAGAAAGGUCAAGAGGAAGAUGCGCGAAGGCGCCGUGGCCAAGGUGUCGGAGGUCGAGUGUGCAGUCAUUGACUCAGCUGACACCUCGAAUGUGGACCUUGCUGAUUUAGCGGCACCACCGACCAGAACCCAGAGUGGAAAGAAGGCCAAAGCUGCUGUGAAGAGGAAGGCAGAGAAGAAGGAGCUUCAUGGUUCGGCGGCAUCAUCGGGUACUGCUCCCGCUGCCGUGAUCGGGAACCCCCAUGGAGAAGAAGAGCCUGCGGACAACUGCCUGGAAGGACGGCCACUUCAAGUCCCGCUGGGUGAAGAGCAGCAUCAACAGACAUAG